AUGCGGGAUGAAUUCGGGGUGUGGCACGUGUGCUUGACGAUGCAUUCGUCUCGCGAGGAGCUGGAGCAGGCCCUGCGAUUCCUCCAGCCUAAGUGGGUCAUCUCGACAACACCUCCUUGCCUUGCCAUGGAUCUGGCCUAUGUCAAGAAACACUGCUUCCUGUCCCGGCUAAGCCCUGAGGACCCCAUCUGGAAGUUGCUCAGAAUACCUCAUGGAAAUCCUACUGUCACAGGCUCACCGCGGGCGGCGAUAACCACCGUAGAAGCCAUCAAGCAGAGUGAGGAACAAGAGUCAGAAGACACUUGGUCUGCUGUUUGCAGCCAGGUAUUACAAGAUGAAGAACCAGUGUUACAAGAUUUUGCAAUUGAAGUGGCGCAGCCUGUGACAUUGUUUGGCAGAGCAAGGUUUGGAUUACCUCAGGACUGUGAACUGUGGAAAGACGAGUAUGAGAGUGUUCAAGUGGCCGAGGAGGCCAAAUUGGAGGAGGAAUUGCAGAAUUCAAAUGCAAAAUCCUUCGAGCUAUGGAAGGACUUCAAAUCUGACAAGGGCACUGCCCACAUGAUUGAUUUAACUCAAGCUGUAACAAACGAGCUUCAUGGUUCAGCAAUAGAACCCGAGUUGCAGGACUGUGAAUCCAUCGACGGCAUUCAAGUAAUCGACAUUACUCACGGUGAAGUGCGUGAGCACAGCUCGAGUAGGGACGGCUGUGCUGAACUUGCCAAGGAUGUGAAAUGCAAUGAGGGUGCAGAACAAAUCAGGUUAUCUAGAUUCGAGGUGAAAGAAGAGAGUUCAACUGCAAGAGCCAAGUUCUUGGAAAUUUGCAAGCCCAGGGAGAGUGUCAAAUUCACCGCUGAGACAGUACAAGCUAAAGUAGAAGCAACAGAAGAACUGCUUUCUGAGGAUCGCACUGUUCUAUCCGACAUUAGCAACAGAUCUGAAGGCCCUGACACUGACAGAGCAGAUACUGCUGGAGUCGGGUCAUCGAAGGUUUUGAAUGCGAAGCUGAGGAGGCUGUACAGGUCGAUGAACGUGGCAGUUCCUCGGCCAUUGCCGUCAUUGGUGGAGCUCAUGGGAGCCUCCAAACGACCAAGGGUCUCCUCCCAGUUUUUUCAUCUAUGA